AUGCAAAUCGAAGGGCGUCUCGGUAUUACAACACUUGGUGAAGAAAAAUGUACUAAAGUUUUAUAUAAUCCACUGCUUGAAGAACCUUAUCAAGGAUAUUUUCGCGAGCAAAUUGGAAUUUUAUCAAGUUUAGUUCACCCUGCAUUGCUAAAAUCCGAAAUCAGAGAUUACAACCCACAGACAGGCUUUUCUUUUAUUACAGAUAGAGCAAAAUUAACGUUAGAAGAUUUAAUUGCCGGAAAAGAUCCUUCUUUAUUCACAAAUCAUAAUAAAAUGUUCAUCCUCAUUACAGUAGCUCAUGCCAUGGCGUAUUUGCAUAGGAAUUGCGUUCUUCAUGGAAACUUACAUCCAAGAAAUGUAGUUUUUGACAAUAACCUGAGAGUUAAACUUAUAGAUUACGGUCUUAACUCAUUCGCCAAAAAGACUCCAGCACAGGUUGAUGCCGAAAAUGGCAGAGCGACGCCAUUUCUUGCUCCAGAGCUGAUUAACCAAACAGUAUUCGAUGCAUCGUCAGAUGUAUUUGCGUUUGGCACUCUUAUGUACCAAGUUCUUUACAGAGAAAGUAACUGGAUGUAUGAUAAUCCAUAUAAACUUGCUCUAAUCAUCGGCGGAAGCUUUAGUGUUACAUUCCCACAGAAGACUAUAUUCAAGGAUUGCGAAUCUCUCAUCAGAGCUUGCUGGAAUCCAAAACUUUCCCUGAGACCUACAUUUGACACAAUUGUCAACACUUUACACAAAUCCAUGCAGGAAGUUAGCAAUGUUAACGUCAAUGCUAUCAUGAAGGAGCUCCAUUUCUUCAAUUCAAACAUCAGAGACUUAGUUCCUCCAACUGCUCCGAAAUUCUUUGCGCAAAUGACAUUCGCUGCUAUAGGCGGCUGGCCUAUUGGCAUGAAGGACUACGCGAAUGUUUGGCUCAAAGGCAAGCAUUUCGCUCCAAAUAUUCCGAAAGGGUUAUAUUAUCUGAAAAAAGCUGCCAGAGCGGGCAAUGGUAAAGCAUGCGAGAUGCUCGGAUUAUUCUACGAACAGGGAAGACACGUAGAACAAGAUCUGAUGGAAGCUUACGAUUUAUUCGAAAUCGCUUCUCAGUAUCCUGACUGUACAUUCUCAGCUUACAAGUUCGCUUACUUCCUGAUCAAUGGUAUCGGCGGUUUAAAGGACCAAAACCGUGGUUUUACCGUUUGCAAACAAGGAGCAGAUAAUAAAAAUUAUAAUAACCUUGAUUGCAUUAAUUACCUCGGCGAAUUAUACGAAUACGGGUAUGGAACAGCCAAAGAUAUCAAGAAAGCCAAGGAAUAUUACAAACUAGCAGCAAAAUCUAAUUUUCCGAAAGCAUUGUACAACAUCGCAAGGACAAUGGAAGAAGAUCCUAAGUCAAGGAAGAAGGACAUCAAGCCUGCAUACGAAAAGGCUGCAAACGCGGGUUCUCCGGAAGCAAUGAACAGAUUAGGUGAAAUGAACAUGGAAGACAAGAAGAACGGAAGCCCAGACAAAGCAGUCGGAUACUUUACAGAAGCUGCUUCUAAAGGAUGCUUGAAAGCAAACUAUAACAUGGCUCUUUACUUGUAUUCUAUUGGAAACGACAAAGUGGCAACGGAUUACAUGGAAAAUGCAGCUAGAGGUGGAUUGGCUGAAGCUGUCCAAUAUUUGAAGAAUACUCCUCAUUAA